UACUGACGCUGGGAUGGCUGCUGCAUUCCCCACCUACGGAUCCUUCUGGCACUAAAGUAGGUAGCUUCAAAUUGGUAAACAGCAGCAAAGAGCGCUUCGUUGCUGAUGCCAUCUCACGGAUGCAAAUGACGGCCGCAGCUUUGAAAGAAGCGAUAUGCGCCGCAUCUCCAAUUGGUGAUCAUGCAGAAGCUAACGGCCUUUCUUCUGGUCAGAAACGAGGGCGGGAGGAAGGGGAGCUGGAGUCUACUGACGAUGCCACCACAGUGCGGUUGGGUGCAAUCAGGCCGGCGAAGAGAAGGCGAAGCGCUCCAGUUGAGAUAACAGGGUCAGGUCCAUUGGUUCAGGUCACAUAUGAGCGGUUGAGCAGGGAGAGCAAGGCGAAGUUGACGGAGCUGCUGAAGUAUUGGGCGCAGUGGCAUGCUCAAAAUCAGCCCCCCUCCAACACCGCAACCGAGAGCGGCACCGUCGUUUACUUUCCUCCUGACGACAGCAGCAACUCCUUUUUCUGGGUCGACAAGCCUCGUCUCCCCCAGGAGUCCCUUUCAGCUGAGCCAGAAGCCUUCAGAAAGGAGUUCAACAUCCAGUAUGAGCAAGAGAGUGAAGUGCCCCAAUACGACCGUGGAACAAACGCCCCCCUUGACUCAGAGAGCGAGCGGGAAAACGGGGCUGGGGAUGGCGUUUAUCUUUGGAUCGAGAAAGACGCCCCCAGGUGCUGGAACUGUGGGUCGUAUACGCACGCUGCGAGGGACUGUCCGAAACCAAGGGAUCAGCAAGCUUUUAAUGCUGCCAGAGACGAGUUUCAGGCCAUGAGGGGGAUCCGGCCGGGCGAGUCUUCUCAGCGGCGCUACUUUGAAGGGGGGCGGUACGAUGACCUCAAGCCAGGCCAGUUGACAGGCCCCCUCCGUGAGGCCUUGGGAAUUCAGCCGGACGACCCGCCUCCCUGGCUGCACAGGAUGAGAGAGCUCGGGUAUCCGCCCGCUUACCUGGCGACCGAGGACGGCUCUGAGUCGGCCUCAGGCAUCGAGGUCGUCGGCCUAGACGAGGGCGAAGAUCUGGGGGCUCCAGGAACCACCGCAGCUGAGCCGGCCCCUUCCGCUGACGUCAGCACAAACCGGGCUGCUGACGUCAGCGAGAAGCUGCCCCGGGAGCUCGUGGCUUUCCCGGGGGUCAACGCACCAAUCCCCGAGGGGGCGGAUCCGCGGAAGUGGGAAGACCGGCGGAGAGCAGUCCAACCUCCGGACUGGCAAGUCUUCAGAAGUUGGUCGGAGAUGGAUCGCGGGGGUUCCGGGGUUGUGGUCUCGGAGCACGUCACGCAGUCAACGAGCGUCACAGUGUUCGGCGGGGAGGGAGCGGCGAUGGCGAAUUACGGUUGGGACUACCGGGAGGGUUACGUGGCAAGCCCACCAGGGCGACAGGUGGCAGCUCCGGGUGCGCCGCUGGCGACGCGUUUCUCGGAGGCGAACGGACGGCCGGUGGAGAUUCCAGGUGGGCGGAGGCGGGCCAGCCGGUGGGAUGCGCACGAGGCGCAGCCGGCUGACGUCAGCAGAAGCUGGCCAGGGACGUCAGGGUUGGAAGGGAUCAUCGAGCAGCAGAGACGGGAGGAAAGAAGGGGGGUAGUUGAAUCGGCUGGUUACAUGGCAGGGGGAACGAAUGGGUUGGAAAAUGGGGGGGUACGCGAGGUGGGGGGAAGUGCGGAAGAGGCGGACAUGGACCUCGGGGCAGACGACUUUCCGCCGGGGUAUGCGAAUGAACAACAGUGGCGGGGCGGCCCUGCGUUUGCGUACCAGCAUGGAUCAGCGCCCCAAAGUGGAUCGGCAGCCCGCUAUGACCAGCCCCUGCCUCCCCCCUCCUACAGUCCUUCGCCUCCCCCCCCUCCUUCGUACACUCCAUCCCCACCCCCACCCCCGAAAUACAGUCCCCCCCCUCUUCCACCGGGCUAUGAAGCCCCUCGGGACGUGACUCCGCCCCCAUACCCGAGCUACGGGUCCCCUCAAGAAACCUUCUAUACGCCUCAGCAGCACUUUGUACCGGGGGUGCAGAAUCAGUGGCAAGCGUCUCAGCAAGCACGGCCGAGCGCGCCCGCCGCAGGGGCCUGGGGUCACACGUGGAGCGGCUUUUGGCCGUCCAAGAAGUAGGGUGCGUUGUUUCAGACAAGGUUCUCUGCAGACGACAGCUUGAUGGACAUCCUUUCCAGACUGACGUCACGAAUGCGGUUCUGUGAGGUGAUGGUCACCUCGUCCUAUUGGCAGUGGAA